ACAUUCCGAGUUCGUGUAAACAGUUCCUCACGCUUUUCGCGGCUCGCGAGUGUCUUUAACAGUACUAAAACGGUGCAGUCAAUUAUCUAGCGAACUUGGUCCAGCGUUGGAGCACAAACCUCUCUCUCCUCAUUGCUCAUUGGCUCGGUGCGUGUUUUUUCUGAUGUGGGUGUUCCCAAGCAGGACGUUGGCAGCUACGCUCCCCUGCAUCUGUGAGGUGAGGCUCCAACGGCUCGUUGGGAAAGCUGUACAAAGGGAAUUGUACACGCACCAGUCAAGUCUACCUGGACGCGCACCCAUCCACGGAACGUUAGUAGAGACAGCGAGUGUAUCACCAUGAAGAGGCCUUGUGAGGAUAGUACUUCUGACAGCGACAUGGAUGAAACUAUUGAUGUCGGCAGUGAGAAUAAUUAUUCUGGGCACAGCAAUGGAUCAUUUAUUAGAUGUGGCUCCCCAACAACAACAACCCAAGUUAUGGCAAGAAAAAAACGAAGAGGGAUCAUCGAGAAGAGAAGGAGGGAUCGAAUCAAUAAUAGUUUAUCAGAGUUACGUCGACUUGUCCCAACUGCAUUUGAAAAACAAGGUUCAGCCAAAUUAGAGAAGGCAGAAAUAUUGCAGAUGACAGUGGAUCACCUAAAGAUGCUGCAGGCCACUGGCGGUAAAGGGUAUUUUGAUGCCCACUCCCUGGCCAUGGACUUCAUGAGUGUGGGCUUCAGGGAGUGUCUGACGGAGGUGGCCAGAUACCUGAGCUCUGUGGAGGGAUUAGACAGUAGCGACCCCCUGCGUGUGCGCCUGGUCUCCCACCUCAGCACCUGCGCCUCCCAGAGGGAGGCGGCUGCCAUGACCUCAUCUAUGGCACACCACCAGCAGGCGCUCCACCCUCACCACUGGGCCGCCGCCUUCCACCCCUUCCCCACCACCUUCCUCCAGCAGAAUGGACUGCCCUCCUCAGACAGUGCCGCCAGCAGACUGUCUGUGGAGGUGCCCCAGCGUGGCUCGGCCCUCCUAACGGCAACCUUCUCCCAUACCGAUUCCUCUCACAGGGCGCCCUCUAAUGGCAGCGUGGCACCCUGCGUCCCCCCGCUCUCCACCUCCCUCCUGUCGCUCUCGGCUACUGUUCACGCUGCGGCCGCUGCUGCUGCUGCGGCCCAGACUUUUCCCCUGUCAUUCCCUGGAGGAUUCCCCAUCUUCACACCUCACAGUGUGAGUAGCACAUCUAUGGUAGCUUCAGCUGUGAGCCCCUCCAUAUCCACCACAUCCACUUCACAGCAGAGCAGAGACAGAGAGAGCAGCAGCAGCAAACCAUACAGACCUUGGGGAACAGAAGUAGGAGCCUUUUAAGUGUUUGACUUUUCAAAGGUCUCAUGGUGACUAGAGGACUUCCAAACUUUGAAGAUAAAGGAACAAGACUGUUUUAUUAACUAUAGCUUGGAUUUUUUGAUGUUCAUGGACUUUUAUUCCACCAGCUUAUUUAAUUUCUGAUUGUGUGCAGAUUCAGAGCAAAUGCAAGUUAUCUUAUAGGAGCGAGAGCGACGAUAAUGAAAUUCACUUAAAAUGUACUAAUGAUUUAUUUUUAUUGAAUAACAACACUCAAAUUGGACCGAUCUAGCUUCUGUCUUUUUCUCCUCCAUUUUCAGUGUCAGUUUGUUUUCAUAAUUUUCUUAACACUGUCACUAGACCAUUUGCUUCCCCAAAAUUGGCUGUAUAAUUCAUAUUAUUAUGACUAUUAUUUUCUGAAUAUGUGAAAUAGAAACAAAAUCCCUUAAAAUAUCCAGCAGAAGUUGUGUUUUGCUCUGACCUCAACUCAGUUGAUUCUCUUGGUGGGGAAAUAAUGUGAUAAACACUCAGAAAGCACCCACUGGACUCAGACAUCAGUUCAAUGUCUACUUUUGAUGUGCAUUUGGUUGAGUUGUCAACCAAAAAUGUUACCAUGUCAUUGGAUUUAGGUUAAAAGUUGGGUGAAAAAUAUACAAAAUUCCCUUACGUUGAUUACUUUUUCAAAUCUAAUCAGUUCUCCACUUUGAUUCAACGUCAUGACAGUGGGCAGUGUCUUUAGGAGUUGUUCUAAUCAGUCAGAUGAAGAACCAAAGGGUUUGGAGAUAAUCAGUCAACGAAUGAAUCGAAGCUGAGUGUUUCUAAUCUCGUCCAUUCAUUUUGUAAAUAUGAGAUGAACUACAAGCUAUAUUGAAGAUAGAAGAAUACACAUUUGAUGGUGCACUUCAAUUUGCUGCUGGAAAGAAGUGACAGGCGCUUUUUCCUUUAGAAAGUACAAAAACAACACAUCAAAUAGCCUAGUACAUCCAACUGCAGUUCAAUGAUACAACUGUAACUUGUUUGGCUUUUUUCUUUUGUAACAGUUGCCUAUGCAAACAAGCCCUCUAGGCCUACUCUACAGAUGUCACUGAUUAAAAACGUUUUUAUAUAAAUAUAUUUGGCCACUCAGAGAAUAUUCUUCUU